UUAGUAAAUACCCGUAGUAACUUUUGAAACAACAGGGUGUUAAAGCUUGAGUGUUAAACUUAAGAUUAAUAUCAUUUUACAUCUAAACUGGAUUAAAAUGUUUUAGAAACAUACAAAUUACAUACAUUAAAUUUACUAGAAAAUACAUUAAAAUGAAUCCUCCAUGUGCAAAGUGUAAGAAGACUGUUUACCCGGUGGAAAAACUCAACUGUCUAGAUAAGUACUGGCACAAAAGUUGUUUCAAUUGUGAAGUCUGUAGUUUGAAAUUAACCAUGAAAAACUAUAAAGGCUACAACAAGUUACCCUACUGUACAACACAUUACCCAACAACAAAGUUUACAGCCGUAGCAGACACACCAGAGAACAAAAGACUUCAACAAAAUACGUCAAUGCAGAGUAACGUUGUAUAUCAUAAAGAGUUUGAAGGACAGAAGGGACAGUUUACUGCAGUCGAUGACUCAGGGAAACAGGCGUUUACUGAACAAUUACAGCCAUCAGCCCAAGUCUCUUCAUAUCAACAACUAUCACAACAACCAGCACAAGUCGAUCCACCUCAACAGGAAACUGUUGAAAUGACACGUCCUCAAGCACCAGAACCAGAACCCACACAAGUCAUUCAAUCUGCCGAAGAUGACGCUAUAUAUCGCGCCCUUUAUGAUUACGCAGCAGCCGAUGAUGACGAGGUUAGCUUUAGUGAGGGAGAUAUCAUUACAGAUUGUGAAAUUAUAGAUGAUUCUUGGAUGACAGGUACAGUGAUGGCUACUGGAGAUCAGGGAAUGAUGCCAUCGAAUUAUCUGGAAAAGAUUUAACAAACAUUACCUUAACAGAUUUGUAUUUUUGUUAUGACUUUAGUUCAGUAGUUAUUUGUUAACCUAUUUUACAGUUCAAAGGUAAUUUACCACAGUGUCUAAGAUAAAUAUUAUGAGAGAUUUUGUAGUAUCAAAUAUUUUUUGUUGACGUCAGCCAAUCUUAACUUCAAUUUUCUGGAAAGGCAAACUGCUUUUUAAGAACUGAAAGCUAAUACACGUUAUUAUAACAUACAGUUGUUUAUUUUAAAUCAAACGAGUUGACUGAAUCAGAAUAAAAACUUGUUUUCGGUG